UGAUAAUUAUGUUUUUAUGAUAAAUGAUCAUAAUCCAAUCAUUUUUUGUCUUAAAUUUUUUUUUUUAGUAAAUUUUUUUUAGAGGGGGGUGGCCAUAGGUCGGGUCCUGUCAACGUAACUGCUGCCUGUGACAUAUACAAAACCAUACAGCAGUAGAUAUAAAUACAAGAUAUACUGAUAUAUCUAGUUAACCAUGAAAGGAAAACGACAGAAGAAUAGGAAGAAAAGUUUACUUUUUUACAAGAACUUUUUCAACUACCACCCCCCAUACAGUGUUCUGAUUGAUGGAACAUUUUGCAAGGCGGCACUAUCGUUUAAAAUCAACAUCAGAGACCAGUUACCAAAGUACUUGGAUGCUGAAGUGAAAUACUACACCACAGGAUGUGUGCUUGCUGAGUGUGAAGCGUUAGGUACGCUCCUAUAUGGGCCUCUGAAGGUUCUACAGCAGUUUGAGGUAUUUCGGUGUUGUCAUGAUCCACCCCGUCCUGCCACCCACUGUAUAGCAGCCGUGAUGAGAAGAAACAAACACAAGUUCUUCAUUGCUACCCAGGAUUCAGAAUUCACAGAAAAGAUCCGAGCAAAAUCCGGUGUUCCAUUGUUGUUUAUUGCCUUUAACACCAUAUUGCUGCAGUCCCCAGCAGAAAUGUCUAAAACUGUUGCUCAUGAUAAACUUGACAAAAACCUAGCUCCUUCCGAAUACGCUAUGGAGAGAAUAAAGGAGUUGAAACGGGAAACAUUUGGAGAAGUGGAGGAAAGUGUUGUAAAGAAGAAAAAGAAAACAAAAGGAAUAAAUCCGUUGGCUUGUAAAAAGAAAAAGAAAAGAACUGCUGAAGAAAUGAAUGAAUUAAAAAAGAAGAAAAAACAGAAAAAGAAAGUUAAAAAAACAAAAGUGACUCUAGAAAGUUUAGAUUCUGUCUAGUGAAAGAUAAAUUUAGUUUCCGUUUUGUCAUGUUUUUGUGAUCUGUUGCUCUAAUCAGAACCCCUUGGCCAUUUUCCAUCGAAAACAACCUCAGAUGUAUGCUGGUACAUCAGUUGAAGAUGUAAAAUUUUAAUUAAUAGUAUUAAUUGUAAUGUAUAUUGUAUUACUGAGUUUAAACUGAUUGCCCGUGAGGUGUUUAUUGCAUAAAUAAUUAAGAUUCCCAAGACUUGAAGAGUGAAGGCAUUAAGUUUAACUGCUAAAUUAAAAUAACUACGCGAUAUAUUUGCAGCAUAGUUAAAUGGAAAGAUUCUUGACAUAGUAAACUGUCCAUAUACAUCUUAGGUUGUUUUUGAUGGAAAAUGGCCGAGGUGUUCCGAAUGCGGUUGCUCAUAUCACUACAUUCUUUCCAAUUGACUUUCAUUUUGUAUGUUGAUGAUGACUAUUAUAAAAUGUUGAAAUAGAUGAAACUUUUUUUAUGUUAUCACCAUAUCGUUGUUAUUAAAAAUGAUAAAAUAAUGUUAAGCAUAUGGAGGAAUUGUACAUGUAUGAAUGUAUAAGUGUAAAAUAACAAGCUUUAUAUCUUAA